AGACCAAUAUGUUGCAAUAAGAAGUCCACAUAGAGAACAUACGAACAUAGACCAACCACUCAAAGAAGAUGAGAUGAACAUCCGAGAAGAGGCCUUCAUGACUAAAAUUAUCUUGGCACAAUCUUAUUUUCAAGAUAUUUGUACCGAUUAUUUGUGCCAACGUGGAAAGCAACUAAGAAGUUCUUCAUGUAACUCUUCGAGAAAUAAGAUGGCAAGAGCAUGAUAUCCCAGAUUGCAUUGGUUGGGUCCAUCCCAAAACCUGAAAAAGAAAUUCCCGAUCCCAAAUUACAAAAGCCCCACGUCAAUUUCUUCCCUUUCUCGCGCGAUGUUCGACCUUGCCGUCAACUGGGAAACCCUAUCUGCGUCGUCGACGGGAAACCCAAACGCGUUGUCCAGAAACAUCCUCAACUCUCGUUGUUGCCCUCUCACGCAGUUUCCGAUUUGGUUGCCAAGCCCCUUACCGUCGUAGGUAAUACCAUCGGAAAUCAGCCCCUGCUUAGCGCGCUGAAUCGACUUCGGGAAUAUCAUCGCCUCGCCGCCAUCGCUAGAUCUCGAACACCUGCACCUUCGGCUACCGCUAGAUCUGGAACAACCAAAACCUAGAUCUCGACACUACCAGGACUGGUAUAAAAUCAUGGAACUACCCUCUGGCCGCCGCAGUUCCACUCAAUCCUCUUCAUGAACAACUCGAAAGGUUCCCUGGUAAUGGUGGGAAAGCUGCUGGGUGACUUGGAAUGGGACAAUGAAACUUCCUUCCUUUACACUCUUUUCAUAAACCAGGAGUACCGGAAUCCUUAUACCAAAUUGGCUUGAUGGGGUUAGCUAUCUGGGCCAGAAGUAUAUGAAUGGGUUCCUCUGUAAUCUCUGUGAAAAAGUUGAUUUCAUCUGGUAUUAUGAGGAUGUUGCUAGCAAAAGACCUGUUUACUAGGCUUUCUACACGGGAUUUGUUGCUUAUGUGAAUAUGUGAUGACAUUCAAAGCGGGGAAAGAGCUGAAGGACCCUAAUUGGCAAGCCCUUCUCUACUUCAUAGAGAAUUCCACACUUUUUCGUUUUGCUUCCCCAUCUUCCGAAGGCCUGCUCAUUGGACGAGGAGCAAUGCAUGCCGGUGGCUCGUUCUAAUCGUGUUGACUAUGUACGUUUUCUCUAAUAACUUUAUUUUGUGGUU